AUGUUUGAACAGUGCAUAGCACUGGGAGCACAUCAAACGCGAGGGAGACAUUUGCCUCGGGACGUCGAAGAGGAGUGACGGCUCAGGAUGACCAAAACCUGCAAUCUCACGGAAAAUGAAUUUUCACCAUUUCUCCUCAUUUUAACUUGUAUAAUUAUAGGAAGUGAAUGCAUCAUUGGUAUCAUUACAAAUGGGUUCAUUGUGGCUAUAAAUACAGCUGAAUGGAUGCAGACGAAAGCAGUUUCCACAAGCGGCAAGAUCCUUCUUUUCCUGAGUGUGUCCAGAAUAGCUCUACAAAGCUUCAUAAUCCUAGAAAUUAUCUUCAGUUCAACACUCCCAUAUUUUUAUAAUGAAGAAAUUGUAUAUGACACAUUCAAAGGAAGUUUCGUGUUCUUAAAUUACUGUGGCCUCUGGUUUGCUGCCUGGCUCAGUUUCUUCUACUUCGUGAAGAUUGCUGAUUUCUCCUACCCCCUUUUCCUCAAGCUGAAGUGGAGAAUUUCUGGAUGGAUGUCCUGGCUUCUGUGGCUAUCCGUGUUUAUUUCCUUGGGCACCUGUGUGUUCUUCCUCAAAAACAUCUACACUGUGCACUGUAACAAUUACGUUCCUGUCCCCUCCUCCAACUCCACUAAGAAAAAAGUCUCCACUGAGACCAAUGUGACCAACUUGGCUGUUCUCUUUCAAAUGGGGAUCUUCAUUCCUCUGAUCAUGUUCAUCCUUACAGCCACCCUGCUGAUCGUCUCUCUCAAGAGACACACCCAACACAUGUCCAGCAAUGCCACAGGUUACAGGGACCCCAGCAUGGAGGCUCACCUGGGGGCCAUCAAAGCCACCAGCUACUUUCUCAUCCUCUACAUUUUCAACUCAGUCGCUCUGUUUCUCUAUAUGUCCAACAUCUUUGACAUCAGCAGUUUCUGGAGUAUCUUGUGCAAAGCCAUCAUGGCCGCCUACCCUGCUGGCCAUUCCAUUCUCCUGAUUCGGGACAACCCUGGGCUGAGAAGAGCCUGGAAGCGGCUUCAGGCUCGAGUUCAUCCGUACAGGGUAGACUCCAUGACCCACAUGUGA